GUAGAAUAUGGUACUCCCCAAACCCUAAAAUUCGACCUCAAGCAACUUUUUUAGAGUUCGAUUUGCUCGAGGACUCGUCCGUCUCGGUCCAAUUUCUAUCACGCCUCUUCGUCAACAGAUAUGGGUAGCUCCGGUGGUGAAGUCAACUGGAAACUUGAGGACCAUCCCAAGCUCCCCAAGGGCAAGCCCAUCGCCGUCAUUGUCUUGGAUGGUUGGGGUGAGUCUGAUCCUGAUCAGUACAACUGCAUCUACGAGGCUCCCACUCCUGCUAUGGAUUCCCUCAAGAAUGGCGCUCCUGAUCAUUGGAGGCUCAUCAAAGCCCAUGGUACUGCCGUUGGCCUUCCCAGCGAAGAUGACAUGGGCAACAGUGAAGUUGGCCACAAUGCUCUUGGAGCCGGUCGCAUUUUUGCUCAAGGUGCUAAGCUUGUUGACAUAGCUCUUGCUUCCGGAAAAAUUUAUGACGGAGAGGGUUUCAAAUACAUAUCUGAAUCUUUUGACAAGGGCACCCUGCACCUCAUCGGACUUCUGAGCGAUGGUGGAGUCCACUCCCGCCUUGAUCAGUUGCAGUUACUGCUAAAGGGCACUGCAGAACGGGGUGCCAAAAAGAUACGAGUCCAUAUUCUUACUGAUGGUCGUGAUGUUCUCGAUGGUUCUAGUAUUGGUUUUGUGGAAACUCUUGAGAAUGAUCUUGUGAAAUUACGUGAGAAAGGUGUUGAUGCUCAGAUUGCAUCUGGUGGAGGUCGUAUGUAUGUGACAAUGGACCGUUAUGAGAAUGAUUGGAAUGUUGUGAAACGAGGAUGGGAUGCUCAAGUUCUUGGAGAAGCUCCUCACAAGUUUAAAAGUGCUGUAGAAGCUGUUAAGAGGUUGAGGGAGGAUACCGGUUGCAAUGACCAAUAUUUGCCUCCAUUUGUCAUUGUUGAUGAUAGCAGCAAGGCUGUCGGCCCAAUUCUAGAUGGUGAUGCUGUUGUUACUUUCAAUUUCCGGGCAGACCGCAUGACCAUGCUUGCAAAGGCACUCGAAUAUGAAAACUUUGACAUAUUUGAUCGUGUCCGAUUCCCAAAGAUACGAUAUGCUGGAAUGCUUCAAUAUGAUGGUGAGCUGAAGCUUCCUAGCCGUUAUCUUGUUUCUCCUCCAGAGAUAGAUAGAACAUCUGGUGAAUAUCUGGUGCACAAUGGGAUCCGCACUUUUGCGUGCAGUGAGACUGUCAAGUUUGGGCAUGUCACCUUCUUUUGGAAUGGCAACCGGUCUGGAUAUUUCAACAAGGAAUUGGAGGAGUAUGUUGAAAUCCCUAGUGAUAGUGGGAUAUCAUUCAAUGUUAAGCCAAAGAUGAAAGCCCUGGAAAUAGCAGAGAAGGCAAGAGAUGCAAUCCUUAGCGGCAAAUUUGACCAGGUGCGUGUUAACCUGCCAAAUGGAGAUAUGGUGGGGCAUACAGGUGAUAUCCAAGCCACUGUUGUUGCAUGUGAAGCUGCUGAUGUAGCUGUGAAGAUGAUCCUUGAUGCCAUAAAACAGGUUGGAGGUAUAUAUGUCGUCACUGCCGAUCAUGGAAAUGCUGAGGACAUGGUGAAGAGGGACAAAUCUGGAAAGCCACUUUUUGGCAAGGAUGGGAACCUUCAGAUUCUUACCUCUCACACUCUGAAACCAGUUCCGAUUGCGAUAGGUGGCUCUGGUUUGUCAGCUGGAGUGAGAUUCAGGAAAGAUCUUCCAACGGGCGGGCUUGCAAACGUUGCUGCAACGGUCAUGAACCUUCACGGGUUUGUGGCUCCGAGCGACUACGAGCAGACCCUUGUCGAAGUAGCGGAGAACUAAGGAGAUAUGUGCAACUCAUUGCCUUGGUUAAUGAAAAGAAUGGCUUGAUUCGAACUCUCCCCAUUUAUUCGGUUCUGCACUUGCCGCUUACACCUUUUGGCAAGUAAGUAACCGACCCUAUAUUUCUACAAAUUAAUAAUUGAAGCUACAAAAGGUUGAAGCAGUUUUCUUCCUGUAUCACUCACUCUUGGAUCAUCAUGUUGGCGGUUUUUCUGCUCUUGGUGUCUUUGGAGAGACAGACGAGGACGGGAUACGUAUGAAGUGUAUUGUUCUUGCUGUUGUUGUCUCAUAAUCUUCAGCCUUCACAUUUAGCAAAAUUGGAAUCUUGUUUUUCUUUUUGUCGGUUUAAUUUUUUUUUUGGGGGAUUCGUAUGAAAAACCGGAAUGACGUUGGUUUGAGUAACUUAAACUAAUUUUCUCCUCUCUUUUUUUUCGCAGCUCA